AAAAUGCUCCCCGGCUAGACCAGCAAAGCAAGAACUAAUCGAUAUAUACUUUUUUGGCUCCGUAAUCACUUAUAAAUUCAACUACGCGUUAAAAAAGAGGAUUGUUAGAGGUAAACAUGGGAGAGAGUUCAAUGGGAGGAGCACUUGUCCCCACCGCCACUAAAUCUGAACAGCCGCCUCCAUCGCCGAUGAGCUCCGCGAAUUUUCCGCCGCCUCCGCCUACGAUUCAUCAUCUUCCUCCUACGAAUCCGGUGCAGCCGUCCUCGGCGGAGGAAGACGCUGCGGAAUUUGAUCUGGACAAGGAUAUGCUCUGUCCUAUUUGCAUGCAGAUAAUCAAAGACGCUUUUCUGACGGCCUGCGGUCAUAGCUUUUGUUAUAUGUGCAUUUUGACUCAUCUUCGGAAUAAGAGCGAUUGUCCUUGUUGUUCUCGUCAUAUCGCCAAUAACCGUAUCUUCCCUAAUUUUCUGCUUAAUAAGUUACUGAAGAAAACCCAUGCUCGUCAAUUAGCUAGGACAGCAUCUCCAGUAGAACAACUUCGUCAAGCUAUACAGCAGGGUUGUGAGGUGUCAGCCAAGGAGAUAGAUGGCUUGUUGUCUCUUCUUGUUGAUAAGAAGAGAAAGAUGGAGCAAGAAGAAGCAGAGACAAAUAUGAAGAUUCUACUUGAUUUCUUGCACUGCCUAAGGAAGCAAAAGCUUGAAGAUCUUAAGGAGAUUCAAACUGAUCUCCAAUAUAUUAAGGAGGACAUAAGCGCUGUACAGAAACGUAGGACAGAAUUGUAUAGGGCAAAAGAGAGAUGCUCUGUGAAACUAAGAAUGCUUGUUGAUGAUUCAUUUACUGCAAAAGCGUUACCCUCAUUGAUUGAUAAACAUAAAAAUGGCAAUACAUCUGGUGCUCGCCGGACGGGUUCUGCCAUUUCACAGAACAAGUUUGAUGCAAAAGCUCAAGUGAGUUCAUUGGGAUUCAGAAGUAACAAUGCCUAUGGUGAGUCAGAUUCAGCAUAUGAUAUUAAUUCAGGGUUGGCUGUAGCAAGAAAGAGGAGGGUCCAUGCACAGUUUAAUGAUCUACAAGAGAGUUACUUGCAAAAGCGGCGGCAUUGGAUCAAGCAACUUCAUAAACAAGAAGAUAAAGACCAAACUGCAAUUAAUAGAGAUGGUUAUAAUCCUGGGCUUGAGGAUUUUCAGUCGGUGCUCUCAUCUUUUACAAGAUACAGUCGAUUAAGGGUCAUUGCUGAGCUUAGGCAUGAUGAUAUCUUCCACUCUGCUAACAUUGUUUCAAGUAUUGAAUUUGAUCGUGAUGAUGAGCUGUUUGCUACUGCUGGGGUGUCAAGGCGCAUCAAGGUUUUUGAGUUUUCCUCGGUUGUGAAUGAACCAGCAGGUGUGCAUUGUCCUAUUGUUGAAAUGUCAACCCGAUCCAAACUUAGUUGCUUGAGUUGGAAUAAGUACUAUAGAGACCAUAUUGCUAGCUGUGAUUAUGAUGGGAUAGUCACUGUCUGGGACAUAACGACUCGGCAGAGUUUGAUGGAAUAUGAGGAACAUGAAAAGCGAGCUUGGAGUGUUGACUUUUGUUGCACUGAACCUUCAAUGCUUGUAUCUGGUAGUGACGACUGCAAGGUCAAAGUUUGGUGCACGAAACAAGAAGCCAGUGUUCUCAACAUCGACGUGAAAGCGAACAUUUGUUCUGUCAAGUACAAUCCUGGAUCCAGCGUUCAUGUGGCAGUCGGUUCCGCCGAUCAUCACAUUCACUAUUAUGACUUGAGAAAUAUCAGCCAACCCCUGUAUGUAUUUGGUGGACACAAGAAAACUGUUUCAUAUGUGAAAUUUUUGUCCAACAAUGAAUUGGCUUCUGCAUCUACAGACGGCACUCUUCGCUUAUGGGAUGUAAAAGAAAAUUUACCGCUGCGCACGUUUAAAGGUCACACCAACGAGAAGAAUUUCGUUGGUCUUACGGUAAAUAACGAGUACAUUGCCUGCGGAAGCGAAACUAAUGAAGUAUUUGUUUAUCACAAGGCUAUCUCUAACCCUGCAGCUUGGCGUAGAUUUGGUUCUGACAUGGCCGAUGCCGAUGAGGAUGGAGGGUCUCACUUCAUCAGUGCGAUAUGUUGGAGGAGCGAUGGCCCGACGAUGCUGGCGGCAAACAGUCGAGGAACGAUUAAAGUGCUUGUACUUGCAGCUUGAACGGUAACUUUUUCAUAACGUGUGAUUUAAGGGGAAAUGGGUCGAUAGGUUCAUUGUGGAUUAUUAAUGAUUAUUGC